AAGUCUGAGAACAUUCAAGUUUAGCGUUGGACUCCUCUAAAGUCCAAUUCAGACGGUCAAACUUUUUGUUCAACUUUUCUUCUGCUUUCGUCAGGUAAAUAGUUGGAUCCUGUUAUAUUGACUCGAGAAGACAACAAUCAGAUGCCAAGUGAAACGACACUUCGAAUCUGAUGUCCCCUCCAACUUUCUGCCAACAUUUCCUUCUGAGUGGCAGCGCUAAUUGGAUGGAAAGUCGAAACAAAAUCCUCAGCUGAAAGUGUAUCUUAGCAAAUGAGAGGCUGACCAAAAAAACCCGUGUGCUAAUUGAUGAUAUCACACAGCGAUGGUAGUUGAAUCAAAGUUUUUUGCGUUCUUCUACCCAUCCAACUUUUUGCCUGCUUCUGUUCGACCGUUUGAAUUGAGCUUGAGAAUCCUGCUCACUCAGUUUGGUUAUAAAACUGUAACUGCUACUGAGAAAAUGGACCCCGAUAUUGAAAUCAUAGAUUUGGAGGAAGAAGGCGAGCUUGAUACCGCAAUGCAUACCAGCAAUACCGCAUGCAGUAUACAAGCAACAUGCUAUUACUGCGGUAGCAUUUUCACCAUGGAAUCUGCGUUUAUGAACCACAUGGAGUUUUUCCAUCGGCUGGGUCCAUGUGUAAAGUGCCAUUUAUGCUAUGAAGUCUGUCCAAAAAAUCGUUUGGAGAGUCACAUAAAAUGUGCCCAUCAAACAAGUCAACCGGUGAGUACUGCCAUUCAAUUAUCGGUGAACCAGACAAAAGCACCCUCCCAUCAGUGGCCGUCAAGUUCAUACGACACCCCUGUGCAGCAGUUUUCUUGCACCUUAUGUGGUGCAAAAUUUCCAUUCCAACAAAAUUUAGAUGAUCACAUGUCAGUCCAUGUGUAUGAAAAAAAAUUUUCAAUUGCUACCGACGCAAGUAGAAACAAUAGUUUGGAUGAAAAGAAUCACAAAUGUGAUGUUUGUUUUAAAACUUUUUAUGUUAAAGAGGCUAUGGAUCGACACAAAAAGAAAAAGCAUAUCCUCCUCAGAAAAGAAAAAGUUCUAUCCCAAGGAAAGCGAGGUAGACAGUUUUAUAAGUGUGAUACAUGCCAGAAAAGCUUUCCAGCACUAAAAAAUUUACGAAUACACAUUUCUUGGCAUUUGAAAAAUGAAAAAUCAAAACUUGCAAGUCCCAAUUCUGAGAUCAAUCAAAAGAAAAAUCGAGUGAUUCAAAGUUCCGAGCAAGAAGAGUUCUGGUGUAAAUUGUGCAGCAGGCUUUUUAAGUCAAGACGUGGCUUAAUGAUGCAUGAAUAUUGGCAUAAUGGUCAUUAUGAUAACAGAAGGAUUAAAGGUUUUACAAAGUCUGCGUGCAAAAAACCUCCCAAGCAACGAAACAAAAGAAGGAGAAAAAAGAAUCGUUUUUUCCAUGUGAAGAAGAGCAAAGGAAAACAAAUUCACAAAGUACAAAGUUUGCAAUCAGGAGACAAAACAAUGGAAAAAACUGAGGUUGCCUCAAGUGGAACUUCAGCAGAAUGCCCUCCCAAGGACACAGUUCGCAGAACAACUACCCCUUCUAAACAUAAACUCCAGUUGUCAUCGUGCUCAUAUUGCGAUGAAAAAUUCAUGUUUUAUUUCAAUUACAGAUUACACAUGGAAACCCACCCAAUUAAGAAAAAUCUUGUCUGUCUUAUGUGCACGAAACGAUUUGCUUUCAAGGCUACUCUUGAACACCAUGAACUAAUAGAGCAUGGUGAUGCCAAUAAACAACUUGUGAAUUGUUCAUUGUGUGAAAAACCAUUUCUCACUCAAAAAUUAAGAGACAUACACUACCAGCACUGUUACAAAGUUUACCUUCUCAAAACUAGCAAAGAGAAAUCCGCUCCCCAUGUUAAUGAUUCUUCGCCCAUUGAUGAAUCCUGUACAUUGAAAGAACAGAGUGGGGAAAGUCCUCCGCCAAACGUAGAGUUGUUUCGACACGUGAUUGUUAAAACUGUUGAAGCUUCACUCCCACCCCUAUUGAUGCAGGAUAAGGAACAAUAUAAUGCUGAUUCAACGUCAACAAUUAAUAAUCAUGCUCCCCCGGAACCAUUAUUAUUCGUAACCAAACCUUCUCCUUCUUAUCAGCCGCCGUCUCGGCAUUACUUCUGGUGUAACAUAUGCAGCAAAAUGUAUAGAAGAGAAAAUUUGUUGCUUUAUCAUUUAUUAAUUGAGCAUCCUUCGGAGAAAUAUCCUGUAUCCUGGGAGCCAAUCACUCUUCCACUGCCUUGGCACAAUCACAGUCCUCUCAAUGAGAGGACUCUCGCCCCUGCAAGUGACCCUCCUCUCAUCAGCUCUUCACCAGAUGAAAAUUCUGAUGAAGAAAACACUGAAAGAUCAAUCAAUUCAUUGGAUCUCUCAACAUUAAAUGAUUCAUCCUCAAGUUGCACUCCGCAAAAUGAAAUCUUGAGGGCAUAUUCAAAUUUUUUUUUCCCGUAACUCAGCUCAAAUAAUUAACAAUCGCCGUGAUUCUUUUUGUAUAUAGCCUGCUAUUGGUCAGUUGCGCAUGUCGUCAAAUUGUGUUUUGAGGUUUGAAGACUGUGACAGAGUAGUAAAAAUAUAAUGUUGGUCCAAAUGUUGAGUCUUACAGCUAUGCCGCAGUGUCUGAUGCCCAUUACCGUGUUAAGAAGGGCACCAUUUUCGAUAUUGAAUGUAGAAACUUGGCAGAUGGGCAAAUCUCACUUGAUUUUAUUUUUUAGAGUGUAGGUAAAAGGAAACCAAAUACUUACAAGAGACGUUCUCAUAAGAAAGGUAAGUAAUUGGCAAAUAUAAUGGAAACAAAUGAGAUACAUCGGAAGUAAAAGAAAUAAAAAAAUCAGAACUAUGUAAAAUGUUUCAAAUCCAAGGAUGAUGGUAUUAAUUUCCUUUUUGUCUUGGGAAAUAAAUAGAUCAAAAAAAUCUCUCUCUUCUCCACCUCCUUAAUAUUAACGUUAGUUGAAUGGCCGUGGCUGAUAGUAUUGACAAACCAACAACCUUGCUUGAUUCCAGAGGGAUUGAUAGAUCUUAUCAUUUAUACUAUGUAAGUGUAAGUUUCAAGCAUCAAAACUCAGUUCUGAAAGAUGCGUAACUGACCUGUCCUUCUUAAUUCUGCCUCUAAUUACUAUUAACACUGCCUGAAAUAAAUCAUACCUGUAGUGUGAUUGAUUUUGAUAAAAUUGUGUGAAAGUCUUAAGGAUUUAUUUUGUGGAUGUACCUAAUAAUAGUAUGUAUCUAAAAAUGUUCCACUAUAAAAUAAGAGUAGCCAAGAUUCAAGGUUUAAUGCUGAUUAUAUUGCCACGUAGCCAUCCAGCAGUGUAGUUUGUAAUUUAACCAGCAACCAGGUGUAAUCACAAUCUUCCAUUUCGCAAACAUAAUGCAGCCACGAGCUGUAGCAGACAUUAUGAAAAUUAAAACAUGACCAGCUAUUGUCAAACCUGCAGUCUUGUAAAUGAAUAAUUGAUUGACAGGAAACUAGAGUUUGAGGAGAAGUUUCAUGCCGUUGAAUUAUGUGUCUUUCUGUUUUUAAGCUAAUUCGCCCCAUUAUAACUCAAAACUUUUUCUUUAUAACUUAAAACUGUUAUGUAUUCAAUUUGAAAUUCUGCAAUCCCCUCUGUGUGUAAGGAAUUCAUGGAUGGAGGAGUUCAGUUGCAUCCGCCAUCAUAUCAAAAUUGUGCAAAUUGUAUCGUUUCAAGAAGCAACGCAACUCCAACCAACACAAAAUUCUUUGCUGCGAUUCUUUCCUUCAUGCCAAAUUUACAUACUGAUAAUGAGAAUCAUCAGUGCUUUUUUGAGUAGAGCGCAACAGUUACCUACAGUUAGUUCACAGACAACAGUUGGUCCAAAUUAUUUGAAUAAAUUUGGUACGAUUUUGGAUGAAAAAACCUCAAAUUUACAAAAUUAUGAUGAUUGAAAAACGACCAACAGCUCCUAUUGUCAGAGCGUGAACUUAGCUUUUACUUAAAUCCUUGCGUACAUUAAUAACAAAUGAUUUUGGUUUCAUUUUUUUUUAAAAGCAAAAUUUAAAACUUGCACUACUUUGACAUUAUCUAAUUUGAAUUAUUGCAUUCAUUUCUGUAGCCUUAAUUUCCGUUAUCUCUCAAUCCCUUCCCUUCUUAAUUUUCCUAACUUUUUUAUUGCUUACCAAGUUCUAUUGUGUGUUGUUGUGUCCUGUUUGUUUGUCGGUUAAAGAUUAUUAUUGGAAGGCCCACCAGCCUCCUUUUGAGCCUUGUUUUUUACUGAAGUUAAUUUCAGUGCCUCCUUUUCUUUUUUACCAUGCCUACAAUUAAUUGACGGUUUAUAUUCCCAAGAAAAAAUGGACGAAUUGUGUUAUGCAUUUUUGGAGUACCUCCUUAGGUGCACAUUUUACUGUGAUAGUUUUUCCUGUGCAUUUUAGAAUUAAUUUUAUUUCCGAGUGAUAAGUUUAAGUAGUUAUAAUUGAGGGGCUUGGAAGACAAGGCGCAUAUGUGCAGUUUCAGAAAUUUGAGACAAGAGAUAAGAGCCCAGCUGCCUCAGCUGCAUGCCAUAGCUUGUUAUGCUUGUAUCUCAACAGGUGAGAUAGGUACAAGAGAACGACUGGACCUCACUAAAAGCACAUUAGAUAAAAACAGGAAGAAAAAGCGAAGGGGAAACAGGAAUCCGGACCAUUUCGAGUUUUUUCGUGUUGAAAAAGGAAGGAUGGAAAUAAGAAUAAAAUCGUGUGCCCGAAAGCAUGUCUUUGAUCAAAAUUGAGUUAUGCGUGUUGUUUGGUAGUUGAAGAUAACGUCUAUCAGGAUACCAAGUGAUUUUGUCUGGAAGUCAUCUGACGCGGAGGAAACAGCAAACGGGAUAAGUGCAUUUUUUGUUUAGAGGGGACGCGGGAUAAGUGCGACCUACCGUCACUUUAAGCCCAACUGCUGACCUCAAUUUGACUAAACUGAGCCGAAAAUUUCAGAUGUUCAUGAAGGUGUAAGACAAACACUUGUAAAUUUAGAAGGUAUUCAGACCAGUCUGUACGUCCGAGUAAAAUCCAGAACUUUAAACUCGUCUCUUACGAAAUAAUAAAAACUGCACUUAUGCGCCUUAUCGUCCAAGACCCUCAAUUUUAUGAUAACCCUUUAUAGUCUAAAUUUUGAGAUCCUGCUAUUGAAAUUUCAUGCCUUUUAUAUCCCUACUGGCAAUUUUAAAGACAAAAGUAAGAACAUUGCAUAUUUUUGCAUAUUAUUCUUCAUUCUUGAAAAACAGUAAAAUGUGAUGAGCAGGAAACUCUUAUUUGUAGUUUGAUCCUAGAGAUAUUAUCACUUUUUCAUGACUGUCUCAUGAUCUCUAGCUAUUUUAAAAACUUUCUAACGAAAUAUGAAAUGUACUAAGUUGGAAAUUAUUUUGGUCGAUUUUUAUGUAAAAUUUAAAUGUACUAAAAAGGUAACUGACAUUAAUUUUUGUUGAACUGAGAACAUCCUUUUUAAAACGUAAGAAUCGAAUUCGCCUUUGAUCAAAUUAUUAAUCAAUUGACUAUUCAAAUUUUUUUCGGAAAAAAAAUCAGCGACUCACUUCAUAACAAGUGCAUAAUUAUGUGUAAAAGUCACACUAAAGAGAUACUGUAUUCAGAUAAUUGUUUAGAGUAAUCAUCCCUGUUGUACUUUGUAUCAGGCUGCUCUCAGUAAGAUAAGUGUUGUUUGGUGAACAUUGUUUUCUGCUGAUUUUUCUUUCUUCAAUUUCUUGUUAUCCUUAUUUCUCAUAGUUUGCCAACUUUUCCGUCAGUUAGACAAUGUUUUUGCACCUAUGUUUAAAUUGUAAAUGCUCACUUUUUUUUUCCUCGUUGAAACCAUGCUCUUGGGUUCAUAAGUUUCCUCAGGAAACUUUCCUGUCACACUAAAGUCCAGGAUCUCUUAACUUUAAAAACAGAAAAAUUAUCUCUUUUCUCUUAAACUUUAUUUUUGAGGAAAAUAAAAAUCAUGAAAAAUUAUUUUACUCAUUCUCUUGAAUCAGAGAGACCAGAAGCCUGAGCUCAACCUUACGAAGCAUUUUCAAGAUAAGAUUGUAGUUCAGAUUUUUUGUUUGAUAACCUAGAAUGCUCUAUGUAUUCCCAAAA